CUGGCCCGCAACAAGGCCCUCACUCGCCCCUACGAGGACGCCGGUCGCUUUGAGGCCUCUAAGCUACGGGAGGCUAAGGACACGGGCCCGAAUAAGGGACAUGGGCACAAAAAGUUCAGUAAGCGCGGCAGGCUUGUGACUUUUUACCGUAACGACGACCCACAUUUCAAAGGUAUUCAAACGGCUGUCAGCCAGAAGUGCUUUGUGUCUUUCGAAACUUUAUUAUCUUGGUUGACGGAAAAGAUUCCUCUAACGAAGGGAGUUCGGCAUGUGUUUAGCCUCCCCGAGGGGAGAGAGAUAACGGACGUUAAGGAUUUCGUUGGUGGUAAAGAUUACGUUGUUUCAAACGAUAAGAAAAUACGUCUCAACGUUCAAUACGGCAAUUCUAAAGAACAAUACUGGAAUAACCGUAAGCCAUCGGCAGGGAAAUUUCGCAAACACGAAAAGCAAUUAUUUCUUGGUGAAAACGGAGAUGUUUUGUCCACAUCAAACGCUUCGCCUCGUAUAUUGUCCAUUAUGAGCAACACGCACAGGAAUAGCAUAGAAAAGGUGAUCCUGAACCCGAAAACGAAUCAAACUUUCGAAGAGAUGUUGGAGGACAUUACUGCAAUGCUCAAGCUGCUAAAACCACCGGUGACCAGCCUUUAUACGGCCAAGGAACCUUUUAGGAAGAAAACAUACGAACUAAUAAAGCGUCCCCCUACUGAGGAAACAAUCUUUGAAGAAAUCGAGGACGAGGAGGGGGAAGAGGAAGAGGGCGAUGGCGAAGCAAAGGGUGGAAACACCACAGACAGAAAAGACAACGCCAAGGAUACCUCCGGACAGUCAGACACCUCUGCCGGCCUGCCAAGCCAGCUUCGCCGAGCUCUGAGAGAGGAGAUCAGGCAACGCGCAGAGUCCGUUCUCGACAGCAGUCGUUAUGGAGAUACAGUCACCCCUAGUGCUUCCUUGCUACAAGAUACUGGAAAACAAAGUCCUGAUGGGAAGAAAGAUGCGGCUUCAUCAAAAGGAACAUCCGGGAAUGAUGAGGGUGAUAGAAAGUAUUUUGCCUUAAAUUUACCUUAA